AAUAAUGAAAAAGUAAGAAAAAUACGCGUUGCGUAUCGAUGGCGUCGAUCCGAUAUGACGCUUUAAUCGUUAAUAAAUAAUUUAUUAAAUAGAAUUUCGAGUUAAAAUUAACACGAGAAACUUCUUUGAGAUCUCAGCUUCAAGGUGUAAGCUUAAAAAUGCAAAAAUUUUUAGUAAAAAAUUAAUUAUUAAUUAAUUUUCAAUGUAACGUGUUCGAAGUGGAAAUAGCGCCAUGUUUUUUUUUCUAUCCUUCUCCUUCUCCAAAUAUCCUUUUCCUUCUCUGGUGACGUCACGAAUACCUCCUUGCAUAUCCUGCUAUACUAGUAACAAGUCGGAGCUUCGGUGAUCCAAACGCGAGAUGGCGCUGAUCGCAAAAUUUUUCAAUUUUUACCUAACUUAUCGACGAAAUAAAUUUCGUCAACGGUUCGAGACUAGUGGCAGAAGAGUAGCAGAAAUUUUAUACCGUUCAGAGAUAUUCGUUCAAAAAGCAUCUGAUAAAGGAAUCUGUUUGUAAGAAUUCGAACGAAGGGCGUGAAUAAUACACGAUUCGUACUAAAAAAUUCUCCUAUUUCUCGAUAAUGGUCAUAAGAUGAAUUUUUUAGAAUUCGCGUAACGCAUGUUCGUUUGUAUGUGUGGGUUAACGUGCAGAUCACGACGAGCAGGUGACGGUCACGUAUGGACCGGAAUAAUACUCUCCGCCGCCUUGUGCUGUUCUCCUGCCUAUAUCCUGGGAAUCAAAUGUUGGUUGUGCUUGAAAUUAGAACCAACGAGGGCCGAUCUGGAGGAUCAACAUAAAGUCGACUAUACGGUGGAUCCUCAAGAUAUAAAUCGACUUUUUUACUUCCACGUGGUUGCCUGUUUACUAUCGGGAUUUUUGGUAGCGAUUUUAAAUGCGACUUAUUUGAUUCUGUUGAGCGGGUUCCAGCAAAAGAGUCGCGAUGGCUUGAUAGAAGCUAUUGAGAAAUACGGUAUCGAUAUUGCCGUAAAGGCGAGGGUGGACGCUGUUCAAACUGAACUAGAAUGUUGCGGAGAUACCAGUUACGAGGAUUGGUUCCGAAUUCCGUGGCUUAAAUUAUCGAUGGAGGGACCAAAGGAUGUGCAGAAAGGUCCUCGACUGGAAGGGCAGUGGAUCAGCACCAGAGGAGCAAGAGGAAGAAACUUCCACGCCCGUAGACGUACCUUUUUCUUGUUGUUCCAACGACAUUCCUAAACCUUGUAUUCAUCACGACAUUCUGAGCCCCAGUGCCGUGUACGAUUACAAUCCUAAGCAUUUGACCAUUAGUACCAAUGGGUGUAGAUCGAAGAUUAUAAAUCGAGGUGAAGUUAUUCGAAUAUUCUUGGCGGGAUAUCUUGUUCUUUUAUUAGUGUAUCAGAUAUUUUUAUCGAUUUUCUCACGAUUAUUGCAAACUGCUCAUAGCAACGAAAUGUAUAUAGGACCUCAAAAGACUCGUUACUACGUUUGGAUAUUCUUUAAGCCGGAAGAUUUUCCUGAAAACGGAGUAAGAAGCAAACUACGGUUGCAAAGAAAACGAUCGAGAAGUAAGAUUUCCACUACGUUCUCGAAAAGUUCGGACGAGGAAGAAAUAAGUAUGCAACGUUCAAAAAGUAGGAAGAGCAGUAUGAAAGUUUUAACGAAAAUUCGCUCGAAAAUCUCCUCCGUUAAAUCAAAAAGCGUACCUGUUAUUAAAUCUACUUUAUCCUCGAGGAACUUUCGAAGUAAGAAAAAAAUUGCCCAUCAGCUGGAAGAUAUAGAUAAAGACGAGGAGGAGAAACCGGACGAAGAGAGAAAACUUCUUUCCAAAACGACUAGAUCUGAGAUUGUUAUGUUGAAAAAUCAUCUCUCGAUUUUUUCUUUAUUGUCGGAUGAUUCCUCGACGUUUAAUUUGCCGCCCCCACCGCCGCCGCCGCCGUUUAUACCUAUCCUCGACGUGGAAAAUGAAAGUAAACAAAUCGUUAACAUCAUGGGAAACGUAAGCGAGCAAAUCGCUAAGGUCGUGGAAGACGAAAGCGAGCAAAUCGUUGAGAUCGUGGGAAAGAAAAGCGAAAAAAAGAUCGUAGGGAAUGAAAGUGAACAAAUCGCCAAGAUCGUAGGAAAUAAAGGUGGACGACAAAUCGUAAAGGUGGUGUCUUCAAAAUCAUUGGAAAUAGGAAAAGUCGAUUAUCCGUUACAGGAAAGCACCGUCAGAAUGCCAAAUUCUGGUAGACGCGUAAAGGUAUUAGAACGAUUUGGCAAAAUAUGGGAAUGCAUCGAUAAGAGUACGCAGCACAGAGAAAGCGGUGGGGCCGACAUUUUGAAAAAGAAUUCAAAGAUUAAUUGUUCGAAAAAAAGUAGUCGCGUAAAAUUAAGCACAACCGACGUGUAUGACAGGUUCCGUGGCACUCUUCAGCACACUCUGGCUAGAAGAGAAACCAUUCAAGCGCAAAAAGAAUUGAAAAAAGUGUACAAUCCCAAAGUUGAAAACAAUCCAGAGAUAAAACGGAGCCACGUUUUGGCAAGGAUACGAUACAACAUUCCACCUUCGUAUCGUUUACUAGCCGAUUUCGAAGCUCACAAAAGACCUUUUCUACAAACGUAUCCAAAAUCGUCGUCUGUUUCGCCGCUUCCCCGUUCCUUCUCACCUCCUCCUCCCCCCCCUUCCUUCCCCCCUCUCGCCCUCUCUCGCACCCUCUCCCCCUCUCUUUUCCCUUCGAAACGACGCGUCUUCUUCGUUGUUUAGAUUAAUUCAAAUCUUCCUCCCUUCUCCUUCUUCUUCUACACAUAGGAAGAACCCACCGCAUCACAUUACGCUCUCUCUCUCUCUCCGCUCCUUUUCCCUCUUCGCAGAAUUCGACUUGCUGUCGCGCUAAACGUCCUCCUCCGCGCUGCGAUUCGUUCCGGUUCCUCGAGUUCUCGUUGGGGAGCGAGAUUGUUAUUUCGUUGAUCGCACCAUGUUCGACGUGGAGCGUGUUAUACG